AUGUCUGCUGUGCUGUAAUUAUAUACUUUCUCUGUGCGUCCGGGACUUUGCUUACAGACAGUCUCUUGUUGGAUCCCCAAGCAAAACCAAACUCUUCACGUUUCUUUCUUUUCUGUCAAUAUAUUAAUUGUACGUACAUUAUCAUAUCAUGUAUUGAGCCUGCUUUUCUUCCGGUUCAUAAAGCAUUCUUUUUUCUCGCUCUGUACGCACCCUUCUCUUUUGCUUUUCACACUUUUGUCAUCUGGGGUUGCUUGAAUUGGUUAUAAUACAGCAGCUAAUGGUUACUUCCGACACAACCACCCUGAGUUACUGGUUGAACUGGAGGGUCUUGCUUUGUGCAAUCUGGGUAUUUACGCCUAUGGUUGUAGCAUUCUUCCUUAUACGGAAAUAUGAAUGUUUGGGAUCAUGCAAAGGAAAAACUCAGCAAGAGGUAGCUCAUUCGUUGUGCUGCAAUCAACCGUGGAGAUCAUGUCUUAAUCAAAUUCACCCUAUUUGGUUGUUGGCUUAUCGACUUCUUUCCUUCUCUUUGCUUUCGGCGAUCCUCAUUGCCAAAGUUUCUCGUAAUGGAUUCGUCAUGUUUUAUUACUAUACCCAGUGGACUUUCACUUCUGUUACUAUUUAUUUUGGGUUUGGAUCACUGCUCUCCAUUUAUGGAUGUUACCUGUAUCACAAAACUGGAUUUUAUGAAUCUCAUGUCGGGAGAGACACCGAGCAAGGGUAUUACAUGCCUCUACCUCAUGGGGACAGGGCAAAUGUACUGGAAAAAAGAAAAUCCUCAGAACCCCCAGAGGAAAUUCAUUCUUCUCAAGCUGCAAGCAUUUGUUGUUAUCUUUUUCAGGUUAUAUUCCAGAUGACUGCUGGUGCAGUGAUGCUUACUGAUUCUAUUUAUUGGAUCAUUAUUUUUCCGUUUCUUACCAUCAGAGAUUACUCACUGGAUUUUUUAACAGUGAAUAUGCAUACACUCAAUGCUGUCUUACUUCUUGGGGACACAGCUUUGAAUUGCUUGCCAUUCCCUUGGUUUCGGGUUUCUUACUUCAUUCUGUGGACGGGGUUUUUUGUCAUUUUCCAGUGGAUUGUGCAUGCUUGUGUAUCAAUUUGGUGGCCAUACCCAUUUCUUGACUUGUCCUCUUCAUAUGCCCCAUUAUGGUACUUACUCGUGGCAAUGAUGCAUAUACCAAGCUAUGGCCUCUUCAUGUUAUUUACCAAAAUAAAGCAUAACCUGUUGACAAAAUGGUUCCCUCAGUCCUAUAGCUAUUAAAAUAAAACAGCACUCUGUGUCCAAAUUCUUCCCUCUCCAUACACUGUUUUGUCCUAACUUCAAGUCCAGAUGCCUUCAUCCCGUGUUCAUCUGGUGUGGCUGAAUCUGAAUUCUUGAUCCUUGGAGGUAUUAUUUCAUAAGAAAACAAUAACACGUUUGUUCAAAUGUGGCAGGCUUUCUUGCGUUUUUCCUUUUCUUGUCUUUUUUUUUUUUUUUCCUCCAUUCAAUUUUUCUACCUUCACUUGGAUUGGAAUCAAGACAGGAACACAUGGCAUAUUUUAGACCAAAAUGGAUCGAAGACAUUCUGCAGAAUUUUCACUGAAGCAGCAUUGCACGUCACUUUGACAGAAAAUGGUAAACGCAAGGAGGACAGGUGGGGUAAUAGUUCUAGUAUUUAUGUGUAGGUGUGAAUGUAACCUCGUUAAUUGUAACCAUUUCAUGUACAAGAACGUGAAAUGUUGCCAACACUGAAGUGAUCCCUGGACCUCGUACUUUGAUUUUUUGUUCUCUACUUUUGAUGGAAAUUAUGCCAGCAGACGACCUUUGGUGGAAACAAGGCUCUGGUGGCAGAUAAUUAACCGGGUCAAUUUCUCAUC